AUGGCCGAUGAAAGCGAAGACGUCAAACCAAAACUCAACCUGGUUGUAAAUUAUGAGGGCAACCAUAUCACGGUCAAAGUCAAGGCAAAUAUGGCUUUUAAGAAGAUAUUUGAGGCGGCAGAGAAACGGUUCGGGAAGGAACCAGGGACAUUUAAAUUCGUCCACGAAGGACAACGACUGAAUGCUAUGGAUACCCCAGCCCAACGAGAGAUGGAAGACGGUGACAUGAUUGACGCGGUUUUAGAGCAACUGGGUGGUGGACGCUAG